CUCUCUCUCUCUCUCUCUUUGCUCAGUUGAAUGAUUUCUUUUAUCGAUUGAAAAUUGCUGAAAUGAAAAACAGAAUUCCGUUAUUACUUUCAGUCAGAGCAGAAAAAGAAUAACUGCUUUCUUUUACUUUUGCCAUAUUUUCUUUCUAUGUUACUGACAGCUGUUGACACGAAGAGACGUUAACUUGUAUUGUAACGCGUGUAACUUGCUGCGUUAAAAUGGAAAGCAAUAAGGCUCACACGGCUCUGACAAUGAGUCACGUAAACGCUACAAUUCCACAAAUAUUUGUUGAAAAGCAAUGCCUGAGACUCUCUGUACGGGUUAUUAGAGUCCAGCUAGUAUAGUUAGACGCUAGGAAGCCUCAUAUACUAGACUUCUAUUAUUACACUGGGUCGCUGGCUUAGACUCAGUCGGUGUUGGCUCCCUGAACCGUGAGAACACCUGAGAAGAACGCGUAUCCGAGCCGGCGAUCCGCACUGCGCUCAGUCGUCUUCGAGAUCGUCGAACCGCUCGUGGCCCGCUGCUCGCCCACUUCCGUUUGUGUUUUCUCUUCUCCGGAUACCAAGACCCUUUAACUGCUCUCUGUACACGUGAAUUUGCCGGAUAAUACUCGCCACGAUGCCCUACUACGGCGAUGGUCUGCCCUAUUAUUAUGGGGGACCGUUCUCCAAUCACAGUUCUUUGAUGACUGGCGCUCCACGACCGCUCCACUCGCCGUUGUCGCGAUACUCGCCGCACCUGUCGACCAUCACCGAGUCCCCGUUGUCCACUCUGCGUCGUUACUCGCCGGUGCCGGUGGUGGCCAGCCGGCACCGGCGCGUCAUCGACACCGCGGACAUCGACGUCUCGACGCCGAGGAUGCUGAUGCAGGACGGCGGUCAUCAGAAAGGCCGUCUGCGUCGCGACAGGCCCACCAUCAAGAUCAGAAGUCAAGCGCUGAAGGACAAUCCCGCGCUACGCCAGCACAACGAGAGACACGAGAGGUCUGUUGGCGAGCUGUUGGUAGAGAAGUUCCUGAUCAAGGACAAGAAGCUGGACGAGACGGAGAAACGCUUGCAGCUGCUGCGUCAGACCAGCCCGAACACGGACGAGGACCAAGACAGCGACAAGGAUCUGCAACAGGUGAAGAGUAAGAUCACCAGACGGUUCACGAGGAGGAGAUCCUCCGCGGAUAUUCAGUUGGACGCCGAACAGAUAGAAAGGGAGGUGGCUUACGCUCAGGUCCAGGCGAAGGUGUUGGACACCCUGGUGGCCGAAGAGCAGGCUGAGAUCGAGAACGAGGUUCGCAGAGGCACGUUGAUCAGGAAAGGUGGCCCUCUCGGCGGGCCGAGGACCGUUGCCAGGUUCUUCAGGAGCGAUGGCGAGUCCUUGUCUCAAGGCGAGGAGGAGGCCAGCGCACAGAAGGUGAGGAAGACCUUGAAGAAGGUGAAAAAGAAAAGGAGAACCACCGAGAAGCCUUCGCCGCCCAUCGAGGAAAGUGAGAAUCCAAGGGGACGUGCGUCCAGUACCUCCAGCGACGUCUCCGCGGACAUCCAAACGAGCGAGAACGACGAGGAGGAGCUGCGAAAGCGCUCGAGUUCUCAGAUGUUCAAGGUCGAAGCCAGUAACAGCGUCGGAGACUUCUCCACCAUUUGGGUGAACAGCAGCCCUACGGAACAAUUUCGGGAGAGCGUGAAGAUUCCUGUUCCCAAGAAGGCAGCGGCGCGCAACGAGCACGAGGCUCAAGACGAGUCUGAAACGGAAGUGGUGUUACCUGUGAAGAAACCUUACGUGAAGGACACUUCGAGGAACAGCGUGUACUUCACGGUGAAAACGCCUCCGGAGACCCCGAAGAACGAUUUGGAAAUUGUCGCCGAUGACAGAACGAAGCCGGUGUCCCCUAAAGGCAAAAUAGUUGGUCAGAUCUUGUCUGUGGAGCAGACUGAGAAAACGCCAGGAUCUCCUAAAGAGAAAACCGUCAGUCAGACCUUAUCCGCAGACGUUAUCGAGAAAGGCUCUAAGAAAACGCCAGAAGUGUCUGCCAAGGGAAUUAAAAUUGACGAAAUUUCUACGAAAGAUACAAACCUGAAAGGCGAAAUCCUGUCGAAACGAAAGAAGGAAACGAUACAGAAGAAGACCGUCGAUAUUCCCAAGCAGAAGAAGUUGGAAUUUCUGGAUAAAAGGAGCCCACCACAGUGCCCGGUGUCUUCUGUUGUCCCUGCAUCGAAGAAGGAAGAGUUACCAGGGCUCGGGAGGAUCGUCGACGUGGCCGCGAAGACAAGGGUUAAAGAGAGCAACGUGACGCUAACAAGUGAUGACCUAUUGGCGAGCGAAAGCAGCGCCAGUGGAGCGCUUCCAUCGGUCGCGGACAGCCUGCCAAAAGCGUCUAAAAUUAAUACGGAUGAAAAUAAUGCCGUAGAAGCGCCAAAGUGUGCGUUGUUACGAGAACCGCAGUACCUGGCAAAGCCGACGUCGACGAAAACCGAGGACGUCGUGUCUCCGUUGUCGGGGAAGAAGGUGGCCAAAGCCGUGACCUUGAGGAACGCCUUCGCAACGAGUGUCCCUGGUGAAACGGGGAACGCAGACCGUCCGAAGGAGCCCUCGAAGAAAGUCAACCAGUCAACGAACGCUUCCUCCAACGAGGACGCAAAUAACAAUCUCGCGUGCAAGCCGACCUUGUCAGAGGGUAACGCGCAAAAGGUGGAAGCUUCUGGAAGAGUUGCCGAGAGGAGCGAAAAGAGCGCGAAGGAAGAUGUCAAGGAUAACAAGGUAAAGGAGGGCUCGAGUUUCGAGAAGAUGGUGACAACGAGGAAGAACACCGAGGCGAACAAAGAGCCCAAGAUCCCGUGGAGAACGAAAGGUUUUCCCAAGGUCGAUGCUCCUGGCGAGAGCUCUAUCGUCGCGGAUUCCAAACCCAUUUCGAGGCCCGAGCAACCAACAGACACGAAAUCGUCGAAACAAUCCGUCGACGAGAAGCCGAUGACGAGCCUGACACCGUUAGAGAAGCCGGCGGUGAACGGGGAGAUCGGCAGCUUGUUUAAAAGCACGUCCACCGAGUCGAUAGAUUUCUGGAGCGAGAUCAAAGGACCGGAGAGUCCGAAAGUGACGAAAGUGGCUAACAAGGGAUUCUGUUUCGCGGCUGGUUCGAAGAGCUCGGAGUCGGGUCAGGCGGUCGAGGACCUCGCCGGCAGGCAGCUGGACAAGAAAAAAGAGACUGAUCCUAAAAUAAGCGUCGCCGCUCCGCCAGCCGAGCUCAGUAAUAUCCCCGUGAUCGAGGAAGAGCGGAGGGAAACCGAGGAGGACCCGUCGACGAAAUCCGAGAACUUGGAAUCCGACAAAGGUGACUCUGCGCCAAAGAAAGGAUUGAAGAAGAAGAAGAAGAACCUGUCCAUAACGAUCGAUCCUAUCCAGAAUGCGUACUCAACGGUGAAGAGGACUCCCUUCAAGAGGGAAGAUUCCUCGGCGUCGACUGUUUCUUAUAAAUCUGCGACUAGCACCCCGGACACUUGUGUUCCGGAUUCUGAAGUCUCUACGCCGGUCCUAGAGGUGCCUGUGAUAAACAUCGAGGAAGACGAGCCGAAGACGCCAACUAACGAUUGGCAGGACGUUAAACUGUCGAAGAUCAGCAAGUGGAACAAUCACAGUGACCUUUCGAACGUCGAGGCGGAGCAGGAGGUGACCCCGGUGCCUUCCAAGGAAGUCAGCGCCGCUUGCAGCCCGGAGAGCACUCCGGAGUCGUCUAAAAAGAAGAAGAUCGUCAGGAAGAAGAAACCUUCCACCACCAAGAAAAGCUCUACCAAGAAGGACAGCAACAAAGACAGCAAGGGAUCGAAGAACAGCUCCACCAAGAAGAGCUCCGCCAAGAGUCAGGAAGCCCCGAAGCCACCGGAAGUGAAGAACUCCGGCAAAGCUAAGCAAGAGAACAAGAACGCACCUACCCCGAAGCCCAUAGAUCUCAUCAGAAUGUUUUACACCACUCCGUCGGCGUUGCUAACCGCCACACCCAGAGACUUGUCUAAAGUUCGCCGGGCGAAAAUAAAGAGGAAGAAGCAUCACUCUAGGACGCCGUCUGUGAGCAGCGACAGCACCGGAAGUACCACUAGUACAGCGACCACGGAGAGCAGCGGAUCCAUGGAGCUCGACGACGACCCGGAACACAAGAGGAUGAAUUCCACCAGGAGCAACGACUCCGGCUUCGACGGCUCGCCAAGGAUAUCCAGCUAUUCUGUUUUGCUUGAACUGCCAGAUAAAACUCGCAGCCAGCUCGCAGAGAUUGUGCUGUGUUCCCAGAGUGUGGGUGGUGUGUUUAUGUGUUUUUGUGAGGCAACAUAUGCUGGUUUCAAUUACUUCCCGGCUAUUCUUUAA